CGACCAAUCGCAAAGAUACUCAAUUUUGAAUUUAUUCUCGGUGGGUGGAGAUUUUGUCUUGUCGCCAUAUUGUGUUCGGCUGUGAGUGCUGGAAGUGAAUAAAAAUUAUAUAUAGGUGUAAAAUCUUAGUUUCCAUUGUUCGGAUUAUAAAGCCUGAAGGCUAUUAGUAUCAGCGAUGGGUGCUAAGCAGAGCAAGCGCUCGGUGGACAUCAGUGGCAAGGAGGGCGAAGGCGCCGGCGAGGUGGCGGCGGCCGGGGCGGGCGGGGAGGGACGUGUCGAGCCUCUGGCUGACGACGACGCGCUCAAGACGCAGCUAAACGGAGACGCUCACAUUCACGACAUACAGGAGAAGGAGAAGCAACUGGACAGCGGCACACCGGAGAACGAGAAGGACGCUACAACUGAGAAAGAGGGCAAGGAACAGGCAGAAGAGAGCGAGAAGGAGAAGGAGGCGUCUCCAGUGACGAACGGAGAUAGUGAUCAGAAGGAGAACGGGGAGACCACGCCCUCUCCCGACGACGGCAAGAAGAAGAAAGAGAAGGUCAAGAAGAAAUGGUCGCUCAGGUCCAUCAGUUUCAGCAGAAAAGAUAAACCCAAACAAGAGAAGAAACACAAAGACGACGAGAACAAGACUAACGGCGAACCGGAAAAAGUGCCCGAGGAGGCCGCAGAAACGACACCAGACAGCGAGAAAAAUGAUAUUGCCGAAGAAGUUAAAUCUGACACAGAAGCAAAAGAGGAGAAGACCCCAGACACGCCCGUCACUGAACCCAUGACGAAUGGUAGCAGCACGCCGGAAACGCCCAAAGAGGAAGCUCUUGUCACAGACGAGCCUAUUAUAGACAACAAACUAGUUGAAAGCACAGAGUCACCCAAAGUUGACGUUGAACCGGAACAGCUGCCAGUAAAUGGUCUUUCAUUGGAGGAACCUAAGGUGGACUCUACGGAACCCGCAGAAUGUGAGACGAGCAAACCCGAGGAAAAACCUGUCGAAAAGCCCGAAAUUGUCCCAGCUACUGAAAUUACCGUUAAAAAAGAGGUUUGUGUUGAACAAAUGCCUUUAAUUGAGCCUACGCCUCCACCACUCCCCGCAAAUCCUCCUCCCUCGUCAGUGGUUUCCUUUGCCGCUACCACCAUGGCACCAGAACUGACAGAUGCUUCGCUCGCUAAUACUGCUGAAAUAACUGCAAACACAGCACCCAUAGAGACACCGCAAGCUGAACCGGAGACAGUUGUCGAACCAGCGAUAACAUCCGACGGCCAGGAUACGGAACCAAAGGCUGAAGAAGUUGAUAGUGAGCCAGUCGAGACCACGGCAUCUGAUACUACGGAUGUCCCACAGGCCCAGGAGGAAAGUACGGAAAGUGAGUCACAGGAAGUAGUAGUGGUCACCAAAGAUACCGUCGAUGAUACUAUGAAAGAAGUACCCGACACUAGCGAGGCUCAGGAUGACCCGCCGGUAGAGACUUUGGAAGUAAAGUCACCCGAAAUAGUUGUCGACGAAGUAGAAAGUGAACGGGAAGUGAACGAGGUCGAAAACAACGACGCAGACGAACAAAUCAGCGAGGAAAAGGCCGAAAAUGCACCAGUCAGUUACGAGAGUCCCGAAUCUGAGAUCCCGAGUCCCGAAAUAGAAGUCACCGAAACCAACGUAGACUCCCAACACAGCGACACCAAGGACGCACAGCACGAGGACAUGACGAAAGAUAAAACGGAAAUAGAGACGGUAGAGUGCAACGGAACACACGCGGAUGUGAUGAUGAACGGUGACAAAGACAUAGAGGAGCACCCGAGGCACGAGGCACAGCAGGAUCCGAUCGUAGCGACAGACAAGAUUGCUGAACUCAUUCCCGAGAUGCCGACGGUACCGGAGCUUAACACCGAUCUGGAGACCUCCACCGACGUGGCCGUCGCCAACUAGCGCGUGCGCCGACCGUCCCGCGCCAUUAUUUAUUUGCGACCAGUCCUGUGCUUGAUAUCGAACUAAGUUCGGUUCAUUAUUUCUGACGUCAGGUUAAUGUGGAUUUCGGUUCGAAUGUGACAUUUCAUUAUAGGAUGAGCAUAGUUUAAGUUUAGCGUGCUUUGCUUUUUGUAAAAUUAAGGUUUUAUAUACUUUAAAUUCGCUAGGGGUGAUGUUUUAUAAUUAUAUACAAAAUAACAAAGUUAUGUAGGCAGUAUACGGUGCGACGGAUUGGUGCCAUUAUUACAGGGGUGUUAGUUACGACGGCCGGCUCGGGCCGCUGGGCCGCUGGGCCGCUGGGCC